AUAAAACAAUAAAUAAUGUUGAUUGUACUCGUCUGGCACAUGGAGAAACCGGCUCAUUUGCAGCUUCACUGCCUUUAGAAAUGGUAAAUUACCCGAAGCUGCUGCUAUGGCAACACUAGUAAACAGUAGGUGCUUUUUCUUGUGUUUCAUUUCCUUCCAUAGAGUGUCCUGGCAUCGAUAGAACAUACAAAUACGAAAGAAUAAAGGAAGUGGAAGCUUCGUUAGUCAGUAAAGACGGAGGAGGUGGAAGAAACGAAACAAACAUGUCCAAUGCAAUAGAAAAGAGCGACGGAACCUUAGGCAGGAACAGAGGCAGUGUGACAGCCGCGGAACUCAAGAGAAUGUGUCCGCAACAGAGGGCUCGGUACCUGGCGUAUGAGGAGCCGUCCAAGGAAGUGCAGAAGGUGAUGUCUGUGACGAAUCAGCGGUUGUGUGCCAGAAAAGCCGAGGCCAGGAAAAAUCAAGAAACGGCUCAAAAUGAGGAUUUGGAGAAGAAGCGGCAAGACACGCUGAUAGGCCAAUUGAAGGCCGCGGAGGCUCGGAAUAGAAUUCGACACAUGAGACUGCGGUAUCAGAACAGGAGGGCGCAGGAAAUUAAUUUAAUGAUUGCAUGCCAGCCCACUGCACUGAAGGCCGUUCGUUUGGAGAUGCUUCUACCCACUAAAGUGAGCCAGUUAAGGGGCUGUGAUAGCUUGGAUAGACUGGAGAGGAGAAGAAUUGAAGAGAUCCUGGAGGAUGAGAAGGGGCUGACAAUAAAUCGAGUUUGAAUACUUUGAGACUUAAACCAUUACUGCAAGGUUAUUGUAGGAACAGCAACACAGUCAGACUGAAUUUCUUGAAGUGGAGCUGCAUUGUCUUGAAAAACCUGCUCAUCUCUCUUGGUUCCCAAGCAUGCUUCUGUUUAAAGACCUCAUUUGUUUUUAGCAAUGUAACAAUUCAGACAGAACCCAGGAUCUUGAGCGUGUCUUGCCAUAUUACAUUCACUUGAAGUUGCUUCAGAUUCUACAUCUGAAAAAUAAGAGUGGCCAUACUUUGUCAAGAUACUUUUUAGCAUGCAUCAGAUUUCUCACUGAAUUGCUAGAAAUAAAAUGAAAAACUACUGGA